CCACAACUUAUUAUACGUUCCGUUUAUUGUCAGGUUGUUUAAAAUAAAUCGUGUGAUUACUUUUUAUCUCUUCAAUUCAUAUAAAUACUGAAAUAAGAUGUCAGAAGAGGAAAAUUAUCCAUCAAGUGAGGAAGAAAGUGAAGAAGAUGAAUUGCAUCAUCCAAGAUUGGCAGAAGAUGAUUCUGAUGAUUCAGACAGAGAGUUACAAGUUGCCUACAAAAGUGGUUUACUUAAACCAGGCUUAUAUUCAGAAGCGAAACCUGAGCGGCCAGCUGUCAAUAAUGUGGAUGGGAUUCAGGAGAAAUUAGAAGAAAUUGAACAGAAAGAUAUGGAUUGGUUAGAGAGGCUUGAUAUAACAGUGGAAAGAAGAUCAAAAACUGAUGAAAUGUUUGAAGAAGGAUUAAGUGCUGCUGAAGCUCAGGCUCAGGCACAAAGCAGAUUAUUUACUGUUCACAAUGACUUUAAACGAGAACUCAUGUUUCUAACACAAGCAAAAGAUGCUGUAUUAAAGGCAAUUCCUCUACUGAAAAUUGCUAAUAUUUCAACUGUAAGACCAGAGGAUUAUUUUGCUGAGAUGGCUAAAAAAGAUGAUCACAUGAAAAAGGUUCGUCAAAAACUUCUGAGUUUACAACGACGUAAAGAAUCUGCAGAAAAAUAUAGAAAUCAACUGAAGUUAAAGAAAUAUGGAAAGAAAGUGCAGCAAGCUGUUGAACUAGAGCGAAAGAAAAAGAAAAGGGAAAUUUUAGACAGUGUGAAAAAAUUUCGAAAAGGGAAAACAGACAGCAUGGAUUUUCUGGAUGAUGAGAGGGUAAAACCUGGCAAGAAAUCUCAACUACAAAAAGUCGAACAACAAAGAAAGAAAAGCAGAACCUUUCGUAAUAAAAAAUUUGGUUUUGGUGGUAAGAAGAAAGGAAUGAAAUCAAAUACUGUGAAAAGUGUGAAUGAUGUUUCAGGGUUCAAACAACCCAGAGGUAAAAAGAAUUUUAACAACAAACGACCUGGUAAAGGUAAAAGACAACAGAUGAAAAAUAGGAACAAAUGAUAACAAUUGCGAAGAAGUGAUAUGCUGUAACCUAGCGAAUAAAUUUGUUCAAUAAUAACUAGUGAAGGUAUGACGAUUGAAAAAACGUUGCGACUGAGGUGAAGAAGCGUGUACAAAUCAUCCCACCUAUAGCUAAAAAAACAGUUUCAGCUGUAAAAAGCUGUUGUAUGGAAUAAAUAGGAGAAUUUCUGUACAGACGACAAUUGUAACGAUAAUCAACUUAUUUGCAAUCAUAUUUGUCAUUUACAAUGUGUGUUGUCACAUAGUCCAUUUUCAAUCGAUUUUGUUAUUUUCUUAUGGUGACUUGUGGUUGUACAAUUUACAAAAUAUUGACUGAUCAAUUGUUAGGAAAGUCUUGGAUGGAGAAAAUCAAAAACUGCUUGUGAUGAAUUUCUAAUAUAGAAUAUCAGCUCUUGGA